GGCCUCUCUGCCUGUUUCUUAUGGGCAGCCCUACUCCUCUCUCGGCGGUUCCACUAUAGCGAAAGAUGUUGUGAGUUGUGACAGGUUUUAGGUCGAGGCCAAAAAAUGAAUUUUUAGCUUCCAUCCUCGAUUUUUCUCUGUAACCCUGUCGACAUGAGUGCUUCUCGGUCCAAGUUCCUUGCCUCGAAAACUAAGAGAAAAGAAGAAAGCGACGAAGAGGAUUACGACAGUGAAGAAGAGAGGUAUCGCUGGAAGCAGCAGAGGCUGCUCAAAAAGGUGGAGGAGAGUGCUUCUGCUAUUCGAGCUGUGAACGAAAUCACUCGUCCGUUUGUGACCGGGACGUGGAGGCUGGAAAGAGAAGAGCAGCGGAUUGCUGCUGCAACAAUGGCCUCUACUUCUCUCAGCAAAGAGAACAAGCUCCACCCCGCGUCGUCCAGCAGAGGUAGUGAGUCUUGGAAUGAGAAGAAUGAUGCUACUGAUAAGGCAGAUAGCCACAGGAGGAAGAGCAUAUGGUCUCCCAUAAAACAUGUGAAAACCACUGACGUCCAAUCUGUUUUGGAAAUGGAAAAAACUCCCACUUGGAAACCUCUGCGUAAAAGUAAGGCAAGACAGUCAUUAGCUCUCUUCAAUACAGAAAACGCUCGCAACUCUGUUGACGAUGACGACAUCACAAGUGCCUGCAAACCUUUAUCUGAUAAAAGUGCUUUGGAGAAAACUCCAGUACUUAAAGGACCAGAAGAAGUACGUACUCCUUUGAGAGAUGUUGUUGGACUGAACCAAGCAGUUGGGAGAAGAAAGAGUCUAUCAAUUUCAAAUGAUACCACACCAGCUCCUCCUGCUGAUUCUGAUGACGCUACCAUGAACGAUCCAAUCAAAGUGGAAAAUAUUGUGAGAGAAAAUCACCCAGUUGAAAUUAUGAUAAGUGACUCAGAUCUAUCUGGAGGUACUCCAUCGAGGAGUUCUUCAAUGGAAGAAACAGAAGUUAUUACCCCAGUCACCCAAACUCGAAGUUUCUUGAAGAGCUAUAAGUCACCUGUAAGAUGUUCUCCAAUCUUACUGCAGGCUUAUGGUGAAGAAUUUGCUAAAGUUCGAGGAUCAAUUGGUUCUCCAGAUAAGGUUGUCAACCUAAAUGAAUGUAGCAGCCCUAAAGAUGCUUCUAAAGUACUGAAAGGUGUCACUGCAUAUGUGGAAGUCAGGAGAGGAGAGGACGAUCGCACUGGAGGGUUCCGAUGGAAACUGAAACAGUUGGGAGCAAAUGUUUCAGACACACUGAACAAAAAGGUCACACAUGUUGUAUUUCAGGAGGGUCUCCUGUCCACUUUUCGAAAGGCCAAACAGAUUGGGGCUCAUCUUGUGUCAACACACUGGGUAAUGGCAUGUGAUGAAAGUUUUAGCAAAAUUGAUGAAGCAAGAUAUCCCAUUGAAAAACUUGAACAGUAUGAGUUUGCUGAUCCACUUCAAAAGUCCAUCAAGAGGCCAAAAAUAAUGUCUCCUGAUCUGGGUACAGGAAGAGAUGACAAACUACUGUCCAAAAGAUUACAACGUAGAAGCAUAAGGGUUGACUCUCCACUGACUAAACCUAAUGUUAUUUCAACUUUUAAGACACCCUCUCCUUUGAAAAGGAUGAACUAUGUUACAAGGUCAUCUCCCAGUCCUAAAAAACUAUUGAAUGAGGAUUCUAAUGAUGAUUGGGAUGGCUUUUUAGCUAUGGUUGAAGCCCAAGUCAGAGAAAAGGCCGAAAGCAGACGAAAAACGGGGGAGAUGAAUGGAACCCAUGAAGAUUUUGAAACACGACUACAGCGUCUCCUUGGACAGGACAAAGACAACUGUCAAGCCAAGCCACCUCUUGCCUCAAUCUUUCAGAGGGGCAAAGUCUCAACUAAUGUCACUACAAAGCCAAGUCCCAAAAGGACAAAAGAAGCCAAGAAGCCAAUGCCAACUUCAGACUCAACUUCAAGAAAUUCAUUUAUGAUGAGUUGGUUACAAAGCCGGUCUCCAGAAAAGGGAGGCAAGUUUGGCAGUUGUGAUUUAUCAUCUGCUGCUACAGCUGCUUCUGCUGCAGCUGAUGCAAUUUUGAAGUCCAUGUUCAAAUCUACUUUAUCAACCACAGAAUCUAGAGGUAAGCCUGCUGCGAAGGUUGUUAAUGGGUCCAACAAAUCUCUAAAGACAUCUAAAACCACACCAAAUGAACCUUUUGUGUUUGGUGGUAAACCUGAAAAUGCAAAAGCUGUGCAUUUUGUCUUUGCUGGUAAAUCUGAAAAUACAAAAGCUGUGUCCCAAUCUGCUAAGAAACCAAUUAAGAAAAGCAAAUUUGAGUUCCAAGGAAGUACAGCAUGUUCAGGUGUGAUGCGUAACUGGUUAUCUGGUGCAAAGUCACCAACCCAACUGACCAAGAAUCCUCUAAACAAGCACAGCUCUCCUCUUAAAGUGUCAAAAAGAGCAGCUGAAAUAGAUUUAACUGACGAAAUUAAUGACAGUUUAAAGCCAAGUAAAAGGCAUUGUGGAGAAGUGACUCCAGUGAAACAAGCCACUGUUAAGGAUUCUGCCAUGAAUAGUGACAGAAAGAAGUUAGCAGAUCUGACUCCGAGAAGACGCUCCAUGAGACUGACUCCUAUCAAAUCGACAUCACUGCAAAGUAACAUCACCCAACUUGAGACCCUGCAAGAAAACACAUUGAGCACAUUUAAUCAGGGUGCCAUCACUCCUAGAAAGCAGUCUGUAAGAUGUUCUGUACGUGAAACACCCGACAAGUCUGGCCAUCGCUCGGUAUCAAAGAAGACAGCAACCCCAAGUAAACAUUGAAAUUUGCCAGUUGGUAUAAGGACAUCUCUCCAAAGCUGUUAAAAGUUACCUUCCUUUCAGGAUUACUUAAUUACAAUAUUUUGGUUUCCAGUUAAACACGUCACAGUUGUUUUCCAUUAAUGAUCUAUCUAUUGUGAUUGUAUGAAACUCUUAAUGAGGCAUGUAUUGCUAACUUGAUAGUAUUUUCUUAAUGACUUUAGCCUUACUUGUUUAGUCUCACAAGUUACAUUGUUGUGGAAAUCAGAACUUAAUUUCUAAUUAAAGUCUGCGUUGCCCACCAGCACAUAUUGCCUAUGCUAUGGUAACUUUACUUAACGCAAAUGGAGUGAAAUAGAGACACUUACUGAUUGUAAAAUGACAGAAAAAAAAAUCAGACUAGGUCUUAUUAUUUUCCCUUACAUUACAAUCUAUUCUUAAAAAUCAAGAACUUGCUGAAAUGUUGUCAUCUGCCUGCAAGUUUUUGCUCCAUUUUCUUGUCACACAUUUUGUUUGUUCUGACUUAUAUAUUUAUGGUGUAAUUUUUGUGGUCUACAAAUCAUAGCAAAUCUGUUUACAUAAGUUAUAAUGUGACUUUACCUCAAGUCUCUAGCACUUGAGUCUAAAGGAUUUUACUGCCUAUUAACCUAAGUAAGAUUAUUUUACAGUUUAUUUAUUUUUCAUAAUCUCAUUUACUGUGAUCUGAAUGUAUGUCUUAGUUUUCCAUGUCAUGAUUUGAUUGCCUGGCUGAUCUGGUGGCAGCUCUAUGGUAAAGAAAAAACAAUUUGAGUACUGUAUAUUGAAAAUGUAUAUUGCUCUAUUUCUCUUUGUUCUAAUGUAAUAAUGUGGAGCUGUUGCCUGUGAAGCUUGUACGCAUUUGUUUUGCUUCCACAGAAUUCCUUUUAUUAUGUCAGUUGCAGCCUAUUGACAGUUCAAUGCACUGAGUCUAUAUUGGGAUUGAAGCUUAGGAAAGAGGGAAGUUAUUUUAUUUCUUGUUGGUUUUUUGGGUUUUAAUAAAUAAAAGUCAUCAUGUUUAAAAAAAA